GGGUGAUGUUGGUUUGACAGUCCGUGUUGGAGAUGCCCUAAGGAUACUGGAGUACGUUGUGUACACCAACUAUGAGGAAUAAUUUUCUUUUUGAUGGAAGCAUGUUCGAAGAAAAGCAAGAUGGAGAUGCUUGUGAAACAGAAUAUCACGUCACAUAGGACAAAAUUUCAAAUAAGUUUCAUUCACCACAGAAGCAGAUUCUCCAAUAAAGAAAAGUACAAAUUAAUUUGUUGUCAAGGAAGCUAGCUAAUACACAAUAUUACUACUAACAAGGUAGAAGAACGAAUUAGUUGCAUUGGACGGAAAAGUGGAAGCACGAAUUAAUUGCAUUGGAUGCAAACUUGAAUAAUGAUGGUCAAAUGUUUUGCUACCAAAGGGCAUCUUCAAUGUUGACUCAUAAAUUUGCUUCGGUAUCCUUCCGCGAACAGGGAACUAGUCCGCGCACAUGAAUGCCGGAGCCGGUCAUCCAACACUGCCCCAUAUAUUUCAAGUCGAGUUUCGACUUAGCAGACAAAAUUCAUGCAAACUGGCUAUUCAUCAAAGUUCGGAAAGAAAAUAACACAAAUCAUUCAUACGUAGCAUGCAAAUAAGUCUAGUAUAACUAUGUCUCAAAUUCGAUCUACAACUAGUUUUUGAGCGGAUCAUGUCAUCCCACAUAUACCGCCCCUUCAGCUUCAUCCAAUAGUGUGUGUACGUAAAUGGUCGUCCCUCAUUCAUGUGGUACAUCAUAACACCGCAUACGGGCUACACAAUGUGCUGUGGCGGAGCCGGAAAUCAAAGACGAGGGGGACCAAAUGAGUUAUGUUUUUCAUAACAGAGGCCAAAUCGCACCAAUACAUGUUUCCCCCCUUAAAUAUGGGGGAUUACAAGCCUAAAAGUAUAGGAUCUUGGGGGAGCCAUGGCUGCUGCCAGCCCCUCUUGUCCGUCAUUGACAAUGCGUAGAGUAAUAUUGAGUGAAUGAAUGAUUCAAUCAACAAGUUGAGGAAGGAGAAGCAAAACUCACGUUCUCCUCCUCUGCCGAGUGCAAUGAGUACCUUACCUCCAGCUGAGCAACUAUGUGGCAAAACUUGGUGACAAUGGUUUGGAUAUCGUACCAUCGAUGCGAUAACAACCGCACAAUGUGGUCAUGGAUGAUGUGUAUGUCACGGGGCACAAUGUAUUUUCGUGCAUGAAACGAUUCAUGCACUUGCUGCCAUAAGGUCUUUCAUCUGCUCCUGCCUAUGAAAUCCACGGAUACGGCCAUCAAUGCAUCACACAACAACUCAUCCUCCAUGAUCGAGUACCCCGCCAUCCUUAAAUCGACACGGCGUUUGAAAAUAAGCUCAAUGACAUUUGACCGAACACCUGCCGGCGUGGUGGCCGCCAUGGAGGUCGUUGACAUGGUGGCGGAGUGUACCUGGGUAUAAUCGGCUCCAAGGGGGGUAGCGCUGUCGUAAAAGGCGAACGAGCGCAUUGGUGCUGGUUGCGAAUGUCCAACAAUGUUUGUGUGGCGGCCGAAGAGGUAUAGUGAUGGCGGAGGUGAAGGAUGCGGAUGCAAAGCUAGGGGAGAAGUGGCGGAGUGAAAGAAAAUUGGACCGAAAGGGCAGAUUUAGUGGGCCUGAGGUGUCGGAGUCCAAUUGUUAUCUAGACUCCCGCAACCCACCCCCACUUUGUCUCCACUUUGCGGAAAGAGCGCGUCCAGACCGCCGAGCAGAUCGAUACAAGACUGCUUUGGAUGGCUUCCAUGGUCCGGACCACGGAUCCAGACGUAUGCGGGCGGUUUGAUGGUCAGCGUUGCUAGGAAGAAUUUAUUUUCUAUAUUUGUUUGUUGGAAGCAAUCACGACUUAAAAAAACGAAAAUAGAGUUUUUAACGUAUUUAUUAUGGGAAUCAUCAGUUUCUAUAUUUAUCAUGGCAGCAAAUCAUGACUUACCAAAAACAACAGAAAAUGGAGAUGCGUAAUUUUUGGAAAGCAGUUUUCAAUUUGGAUUGCUAUCUCGCGCUGGCCGGUACCGGCCCGCUCACCCGCUGCUAGCCUGCUACCCGCUAAUCUCCAGUCCACAUCGCCAUCGGCGCCCCACACCCACGAAACUAGCCGAGCUCUUCUCCCCGCUCGUGCGGCGGGCCGACAUGUCCUCGGCAACGCCGCCCGGUGCGUGCGAGCCCGCCGACGGCAAGGGCGGCGAGGCGAGGCCCCGCUCGCCGGCGUGGUUACGCCGCUUGAUCGACACGGAGGAGGCAUGGGCGCAGCUGCGGUUCGCGGCGCCGAUGGUCCUGACCAACAUGUCCUACUACGGCAUCCCGCUGGUGUCCGUGAUGUUCUCCGGCCACCUCGGCAACGUCCGCCUCGCCGGCGCCACGCUCGGCAACUCCUGGGCCACCGUCACCGGCUACGCCUUCGUCACCGGUAUGAGUGGCGCCCUGGAGACGCUAUGCGGGCAGGCCUGCGGCGCCCAACUAUACCGCAUGCUAGGACUGUACCUGCAGUCGUCGCUCAUCAUGUCGGCGGUGGUGUCCGUGGUCAUCGCCGUCAUCUGGCUGUUCACGGAGCCGCUGCUUCUGUGCCUGCAUCAGGAGCCGGAGGUGUCCCGCGCCGCCGCGGUGUUCAUUCGGUACCAGAUCCCCGGCCUGUUCGCCUUCUCCUUCCUGCAGUGCCUCCUGCGUUACCUGCAGACGCAGUCGGUCGUCGUGCCGCUCGUCGUCUGCUCCGUGGUGCCGUUCGCGCUCCACGUCCCGCUGAACCACCUGCUGGUGAACGUGCUCGGCCUUGGCCUCGCCGGCGCGUCUGCCGCCAUCUCUGCCACCUUCUGGUUCUCCUGCCUGAUGCUGCUUGGGUACGUGAUGUGGUCCAAGAAGUUUGGCGAGACGUGGAAGGGCUUCUCCGCCGACGCGUUCAACUACGUGCUGCCGACGAUCAAGCUCGCUGCGCCCUCCGCCGUCAUGGUUUGCUUGGAGUACUGGGCGUUUGAGCUUCUGGUUCUUAUCGCGGGCUUGCUACCGAAUUCCACAGUGAGCACGUCACUGAUCGCCAUGUGCUCGAGCACGGAGGCGAUUGCCUACAUGAUCACCUACGGAUUCAGUGCCGCCGUAAGCACCCGGGUGUCGAAUGAGAUCGGAGCCGGGAACGUGGACAUGGCGAAGAAUGCAGUCGCGGUGACGCUGAAGCUGUCGGUGUUCCUCGCUUUCUCCUUCGUCCUGCUGCUGGGCUUCGGCCACGGCCUUUGGGCGAGGCUCUUCAGCAGGAGCGAGGUGAUCGGGUCAGAAUUCGCGGCCAUCACCCCGCUCGUGAUGGCAUCGAUCGUGCUCGACUCCGCGCAGGGCGUGCUGUCAGGGGUGGCGAGGGGCUGUGGAUGGCAGCACCUGGCGGCGAUAACGAACCUUGUGGCGUUCUACUUCAUCGGCAUGCCGUUGGCCAUCCUCUUUGCCUUCAAGCUCAACUUCUACACCAAGGGUUUAUGGUCGGGUCUGAUCUGCGGGCUGACUUGCCAAACCAUCACUCUGGUGGUGAUCACCGCCCGCACGAAAUGGGCCAAGAUCGCGGAUGCGAUGCAGCAAGAGAAGGCCAACUAUGUCGCUUGAUCGAUAAUAUUGAGUGUGGCUAGCACAUGUAUGUACGGGGUUUUGUGAGAUGGCCAGAGGGUGCGAUGCUUGAGCUGUUGUUUAGCCUUAUGAAGUAAGCUAUAGCUUUUUUGACCGUGUACUUCGAGGGAUUUAUGUCUCCGAAAGAUCGAACUUGUAAUGGCAAUUAACCAGAGAGUAUACAGGAGAAGUGUACAUACCGGGACGUGGAUGUUCCAUCCUCCCAACCGCACCCAUGGAUGUUCAUAUUUCC